AUGUCAGGACGUCCAUCUUCAAGCGGAACUCAGUCAAAACUCAAGCAAAUCGUCAUCGAUUUUGCGAACAGAGUUCAAAAUGUCGAACCUGAUCAAAGAAUCUUGGAAACACGUAAUUUACUCUGCCAUUUGGUUAGCAGAUACUUAUUGAACAUUGAAGAAGUGUCAACGCAGUUAGCCAAAAAAACUGGUAUUAGUUCACAACCGGAAACAUUACUCUCUUUCAUGCAACAUUUGGUUAGCGACCAACCGGAAUGUUUUGUGCCUGAAACUUUCGAAGCAAUCGACGUAACAUCAAAAGCUUUCAUCAAAUGGAUAACGUGUAAAUUAAUGCAUUUAUUGGCUUCAUCGGACUGUCAGAAAUUGCAUUCAACUUCCUCACAGAUAAUUAUCAGUAUAUUAAAACUUAUAGAAUUGAAAGACUUAAUUUUCUUUCGAGAAAUAAUAGAAGAAUUUGUCAUGAUCUUGAUGAGUUUAAGCAAUACCGAAUUUACCGGUUUGGAUUUACAAAAUGCUAUAGAAAUUAAUUGCUUUGUUUUGGAGGACAGUGAGUUAAACUCGGUUACAGUUCGGCUAUGUUCGGCUCUAAUUGAUAAUAAUAUUAUUCCAAAACCAACAUUAUGUGAAUAUUUUAUUAACUGUGUACUGGCAUUACUAAAUUUUGCAUUAUAUUCCCAUGCUAAUUCUAUUAGUUCUGGAUUGGAAUUGAGCAUUGAUUCAUGCUUUAAUGUUCUGUUACCAUACAAUACAUCGGCUGGUAUCGUUCAAGCUACACCUUUGAUGGAAGAAUUUAAAAUUUCUAGAGAGUAUAUCGAACAAAUUUUAACGGGUGUUGUUACUUUGCUAAAUUUACAUCCGAAUUUUUGUAUUCGGGAUCAAAAAUCUCUUGCUGUGCCUGUUUGCCAUGCUCUAUAUAGCAUUGGAUGUUACGAAGCAUUGCAAAGGCGUAAAAAUAACCAAACAUGCUUAAUUGGCUUUACAUCUGAGGUGUUAAAUUGGCUAAUCUCUCAAAUUGGUUCCGACUGUAAUCAACAGCCACUUCUAGGUCCACUAAGCCAAUGGUCAUGGCUUGAAAUAUCUUACCAAGAUAAUUUAAAUAAGCUGCCUCAGACAAUUAGCCAUGGUUUAGAUGCGGAAGAUGACGUCACGGAUAAUUUAAAUUAUGAUUCUGUAGCUUUUGCAAUGAUGUCCAAAAGGUAUUUUGAUCUAUGUAGUUUGCUAUCAAAAUCUUUCGAGGGACUCGACGUACUGGAGAUUGUCCAAACUAUGGAAGGCAUCCGCAUAUGUAUUGAAACUUUUGCGAGAUGUAAUAUCAUGGUAUUAUCAUUAAGCCCAUCAACUCGUAAUACAAGUAGCAUCAGUUAUGGCUGUGCAAAGGGAUCACAAUAUAUGUCGCAAAAUUUAAAUUCAGAUAAUGUACUUCAAGGCAGUUCAGAGAUUGUUAACCCAGAGUCUGGGAUUAAUCUUUCAUUAUAUGCGAUUAAGAAUUCUUGGUUUAAUAGUGAUCAAUUAUCGCUAUUAUAUACUACAUGGAAAAAUAUUUUACUGCGCUUAAAGAGUAUAGUAGAGGAUGAACUAGAGUUAGUAGUUAACCUGGAAGCCGUUUAUAAAAUUAUUAUCAAUUCUGCUGGUGCUAUCCUGAACUUGUGUUAUCCUAGUGAAGUCUUAACGUUAUCUGAUGAUUUAUUGUAUUAUCUAACUAACCUGGUUUCUUUACCUUGGAUUCAUGAGAUUAACCAAGAUUGUAUAGAUAUGAUUAUAGAUAAUGAUAUCAAAUCUAUUAGUACUGCCAUUGCCAAGUAUUUAGAUGAUAGCAAGUGUGGUAGUAUCCACAAUCUUGCUUUGCUACCUUACGGUGUUGCACCUUCUUUUCGAAUGGAAGUCUUUAAGAAAUGCUUGUUGCCAUCCAACAAUGAAUCAUUAAGAAUAGCAGCGGUAAAAUCAGUACCUCAAUUUCUGACCAAUUUAGGGGUGCAGUAUUAUCAUGAAAUUAUAUCUUAUUUAUCGAAUAUUUUAGAUACCGAUUCAUGUAGUAUAAAAGAAACUGUUGCAUCUUGUAUAGGCAGUAUUGCCUGUGCGCUUUCGCAAUCUCCGAAAUUACAAUGGUCAAGCAAUAUCUCAUUCGAUAGCACUAUUGCCGAUGGAGCUACUCUUCACUGUUCGUAUUGUCAGAAGCUAAUUGAAGAUAGUUAUUCAUCAGCGGAGCGCGGUUCUGACAUAGCUGCUUUAAAUUCGGAUUCGUACAGUCUGGCUAAAUCAAUAAUGGGCUUGGUGGAUGAUCCAGAUCAUGAAGUUCGAUUGAUAUUUAGCUAUUUAGUACGGUUUCUCCUGUAUGAAACAUCACCGCCUACAGAAGAUCUUUUAGGCAGCAUUCAAAAUAAUUUUGCUGCCACGCCAGUAAAUUCGUUGAAUGGAUAUGUGGUUUCGAAAAUAAAGUCUGUUCUAAGUAAAGCCCUUAAAGAAAGCAAUCAUAGAAUUGCUGAGGGAGAACUGUUACUUGUUGUGGUUAUUGCUCUUUUGGAAGGAUUACUGUCAACUUAUGGUGCUGUAGUAGCCGUUACGUUCGAUCAGAUACGACUUGUUGCAAAGUCAAAGGCUCUAAGCCCUGAGAAAUUGUUUAACCGAUUUAAAGAGAAGCUUUGUGAGGUGUUAGUAGAUAACAUUCAUGAUAAUUCUUUGGAAGCAAAACAAGCGAUCGAAACAUCUAUUGGAGAGGUGGUUAGGGUUUUCGCUUUCAAAGAUAUUGGAACUUUCUUAAAGGAUUAUUAUCUUAUGUACGUUGAUAAUUUUCCAUACGUAGCAACUUUUUUAAUCACAAACUGUAAUAGUGAAAUACAAGAGAAAGCAUUUCAUUUUGUGGAAGAAGAAAGUACGGUUGAUUUAUUUGGCUUACUAAAAUCUAGUAGUCAGAAGCUACUUGGCCAGUUAUUACUUUAUCUUGGAUCUCAUUUUACUGAGGUUUUUAACGGACUAUUGAUGCUAGCUGGUUGGGAUGAGACGUUCAAAUGCGAAUUUGCUGAUCCAGAAAAGGCUGUUGCUGAUUAUUUGCAACCAAAAUUACUUGGAAUACUUACAUUUUUUAACUCAAGCUUGUUGCGAGCAGCUGAUGCUGAAGAGAAAAAACGAGCCAUUAUUGUUCUAUUUAUACUUAGGGCUAGCCUACAACUUCGUGAAGAAAAAUUGCUCCGCCUAGCGUGUCGUGCGUGGAAUAGCUUUGUCAAAAGUGUUGAAUUGAGCAGCUUAGGUCCGAUGUUAAGCCAAAUUAUUGCCAUUUUAUAUCCUGUGAUGAAGAAAUACGCUGAAUUUGUCUCACCUGUACUUGAUUAUUUAAUAGUGGACAAUAGAUCACAGUUAAAGGAAUAUUUUCGGGAAAUACCUUUUAUACCGGAUGUUCCACAAUUGUUAAAAGCAAACAAUGUCUUAAAAGAAGAGCUAGAAAGAGCAAACAGCGGUGAGAUUGGACCUAAAGAAAAAUUAUCCCAGAUCAUGAAAGGAGUUUGCCAUGAAAGUGCUGACGUUCGAUUGCAUGCUUUAUCGAACCUAAGGAGAGUUCUUUACGAUCUUCAGAGUCAAAUACAUGAAUAUGUUUUAUCAAGUGAAAAGACCGAUCCAAUCGUAACUGAAAUUGUUAAUGAGCUAUUGCGACGCUGCCGAUUAGCUAGUAGCAAAGAGCGUAAUCUAUGUGGUGAAUGCUUAGGCAUCAUUGGAGCCAUUGAUCCCGGCAGACUCGAGAAAGUAUCUGAACUAUCGUCAUUUGGUAGAAAAUUUUUAGAGUUUUGGACAACGUCUUUGGAAAAUGUUUCCGGAAAAUGUUCAGGAAAUUUUACGGCCACACUUACACUCUAG